AUGAGCAACCAACCAUGGCUCGACAGCCUUUCCGACGAUUGGCCGUCAAUGCCAGCGUCGCCUACCAGUCCAACUACCCCAGCUAAAUCGCACUCUCCCAAAGUCAGUCAGCAGGGGACUCCUAGCCGCAUUCCUGUGCCUGCACGGCGUUCCGAACAAUCUCCCGGGGACGACAAGAAGAAGGUUACCCGCCCAUGCCACUUUCAUAGAAAAGCACCUCCGACUCCAAAGACUCCCCGAACACCCAAAACACCCAAACCUCGAUCGCCGGCGCCUGAUAAAUCGAAAUCCAACACUCCCAGGACAAAUCCCAGGACUAAUUCCAAGGUCACCCCGAAGCCAACCCCGGGUCCGGCACGCAAACAUCCUGCAAUGGAUACGCGCUCCCCUCUACGAUCAGUGUCGAACGUUUCCAAGGCCUCAAAUCAAUCGGAAUUCCAGGACACAGUUCAAAUAAAAACAAAGAAGGGGAAAAACACGAAAGAGGGCACACCAGAAUGGCGGCGUCGACUAAUGCGCGGGGAGAUCGCCGCUGGCGAGCAGCGGGAUUUGUUCGCACCCAUGGGACUAGAAAGCGUGUUUAAGCCUCCUACGCCGGGCUCUGGCGCGCAAGAAGAGUCCACUCCAUUCACGAAGCAAGACGAUCAAUUAUGGGAUUUCACCGAAACGCCUUCGCGACAAGACAGACUCGACCACAACAAUGGCGGCAGUGACACUGAACGCGUCGAUGCUGAUGGGGAAGGGGAUACAGAUGGCGCAUUACCACAAGGAACGAUAAACCGCGCGCCGUGGGAGGGCAAUGAAACUCAGAACGGAGAUUGGGACCCCGAAGGAUUCUCGCAACCAGGGAAUGCCCAACAACGGACUGCUAGUGGACUGGAGGACUUGCGCAAUGAAGGGAUCACGCCCAUUACCUUCUCCCGGAACAACACCGUUGAUGGGAAUGGAACUUCAGAAGUCAUUAAGUCGGCACUGAAGCAAGUCACCAACAAGUUGGAAAGCCUGUCAAUCGGAAAUGACAGUCGUCCUGGUUCUCCAGCAAGCGACAGUUUCGCUUUCUACAACCUCAGUGAACCUCAUCCCAAUGAAUCUCCCCGAGAUGACAGUCUGCUGGACGUUACUAGUCACUCGUUACCCCAGGAUCUGUCCAUGGGGACGGUGGACUUCCACAGCCGCCGAGGGAACCGUUCCUUCCCUCGCCGAUUCUCCCCUUCGCCCUUUCCCUCGCACCGCCUGUCUCCCACUACUCUCGCGAAUUCAAAAAUCCGGAGCUCCCCCUUGUUCAAUCCCCCUCACAAAUCUGGCUCGCCUGGCCUGCCACGUCCCUCUUCGUCUCACGUUCGGCCAUCAACGGCCGGGGCAGAAGGAAAUGAGUCAAACAUGCCAUCAUCUGGAAGCCCCUUGAAGCUGUUUGGCCAUCAUGACACAUUCACCAAUAACAGGCUUCUUCGCCGUAUGAGUCAAUUUGAAGAUCACUACAGUGAUGGCUCUGAAGGGGAGGAGCCCCCUUCACCGUCGGAAGAAGCGCGGAGGAAGGGCGAAAAUCGCACCUUUUUGAAUGCGAGACACGAGCCAUUGAGUGAAAUCACGCCCAGGCGAAAUGAACGGGUUGGAUCUCGGGAUAAUGGUCAUCGAAUAAGCCAAUUUGGUGGCGGUGAAUUGGAUAAGUUUGAUUUCUCGGACAACAGCCCUUACGAGCACAAGCUGGUGUACGAUGAGGGUGCAGGCUUCGGGUCGCGCCCAACUUCACGCAAACGAUCAUCAAUGCGACAGCAGUAUCUUCGAGGUCCUUCUCAACAAGGAUUAUACCAUUACAGCAGAUCGGCAAGCUCGGGAUUCACUCGGAAGCCAUCUGCUUGGAUGCGCCAGGACUUCUUUGAUGAUGUCCGGUCUGGUUCUCGCCCGAACAACAAGGAAAACAUGGCUCCUGACGUGAAGCGAGUGCCCCGGGCCCCGGGCAUGGACCCCACGCCCAAACGGCGCCGCACGAUUAUGAGAAACAAUAGCACUGACCUUGCUCACAAUACUAACGGCAAUUCGCCUCCAAAAUAUGGCGAUAGCAUGUCACUUUUACAAAGGAGCCUCAUGCAACAUGGCGUCCAACUCGACAACACUGACUAUCUUGCCCCGCCUCGUCUCUCCCAAUCUAUGCAGCGACCCCGGACACCAACGCCGAGUCAAAUCCGAGUUGCCGGGGAACACACUGCACCACACAGAGAUUUCUCGGAGCCAGAUUUCCACGAUAACGACUAUUCUGAUUCAUUCACCUUCGAUAACGAUGUUCCCCUCGUGAAGAUCACUGGCACUAGUGAUACAUCUCGAAAAGGAUCCAUUACGACCCAGGAUUACCUGAACGAGGCCACCAAAAUUAUGGAUCUAAUUAGAUCAAAAGGACGAGGUGCAACGGGAUUACCCAGUCUGCAUGAGUCUGAUGUGGAAAGCGAAGGCGAUGAUCUUAGUUAUGAUGACGAAUCUACUCGGGAAGCCUUUUCUCGGCCCCCGAGUCGAGAUGGCACAGAUCUGCGCAAGUUGAGAGAAGUGAAAGAGCUGAACCCACUCAUUCUGAACCACCUCAAAAAGUACCAGGAGCAAGAUGAUCCCGAUGACCGAGAGAUGUCUCUACAAGCCCGUCAUGGCCAGAGUCCCACCGACCCAUCUGAGCUUGAUGAAUAUAACUCACAAAAUAUCCGGAUUCUUGGACCAAGAAAACGCAAGACAAGUGGCAUGGCUGACGAUACGGCGGAAAAUAUCGCCCAAGAUCUGAUGACUAUCAACACCCAAAUGUCUGGCUUCAGCGUUACCUCUGUCCCAACAGGCUCUUCACAAGGCUCUCAAGUGAAAGGAAUGCUAGCCUCUGAUCUUGUGUCACACCUCAUACCGAAUGAGGUCAAUGGCUUCAAGUAUGAUCGUGCAAAGAACCAGUGGGUGAAGGAUGAGAUGGAAGAACCAGAAGCCCCAAUCUCGGAACCCUCCGAGGAGAAUGAAGACCCCUUCAGAGAUAUUCCGGAUCUAAGCGUGGAUGAGCUACAGGAGAUGAUGAGAGUCCAUGGUCUGAGCUCUCCCUCCAAGGGUGAUGCCUCAAUUGAUCUGGAGGGCAAGACGCGCGUUCCUCCUGCCACAAACACAUCCCCAAGGAAGUCAGAUAUUCGACCGCACACGAGAGAUGGUAUCCCUUCCCUCAAUGCUAGCUCAGUCCAAUCGCGACUUACUCGGUUUACUUCAAGCGUUCCAAACACUGGAACAAGAACCACUUCAUGGGCCACAGCGGGGACAGAGAACUCUGGACAAGAGAAUCCUCCAGUCCAGAGUAAAGAGCUGCCGGCUUCCAAAUACCCUCGCUCUCAGCGCAAGCAAGCACGGGUCUCGACCGUCAACUUGUCGCCACCUGAUGUCUCACCAGCUGAACUUAAUGGUCUGCAGUCUGAUUCGAACGUUGAUCACGUCUAUCAUGGAAUUCCGCCAAGUGAAGAAGGACUUCAACCAGACCACGAGAACGGCACAGUACGACCUUCUAUUCCUCCUAGUGGACGUCAAAGUUCGGUUGCUGGUCAACCAUUCAUUAGACGGCCCAUCUCGAGGAUAGAAGAAAGGAACGAGGAGACCAUCGAUGAGCAAAGUAUCGUGCGCAGGAAUGACUCACUGCAUGUCCAUGAAACACCCGCCAGAAAUGGAGCGGAGAAUCAUCUGAUGCCCCCGAACAGCGCCGGGCCCGACACCAGCUACAGCUUCCACCUCAGCCCACUUGCAGACUUUACCGUCAACCAAGGAGAUCAACCCCUGAACCUCGAAAUGAGCUACAUCGCUCAACGCACCAAUUCAUCUUCACUGCGCCAAGUGCAUGGGACUUUUGCCCUGGCGACUGAAGAUUUAAUCAAGCAUAUCACAGACGUCGAAGCCUAUGAACCUUACUGGGAACAUAUUCGUCGCCUCGUGUUGCGCGAGAAGGGUUUAAUCACGUUGCAUAAGCUCAAUGAGUUUUGUCCCCGCUUGGAAGAAUUGGAUGUCUCCGAUAACGACAUCGGUCAACUGAGUGGUAUUCCUGAUACCCUAAGAACCCUCAAGAUCCCCAGAAAUUGCCUCUCCAAUCUGACACCCUGGGGUCAUUUGGUGAAUCUCCAAUAUUUGGAUGUCUCCGGAAACGACAUCGAGACCUUGGAUGGCUUUUCAAGCCUCAUCCAUCUCAGAGAGCUGAAAGCGAAUGACAACCAAAUUCGGAACAUUGAUGGAAUUCUUGAUUUGAAUGGCCUGCUGAGUUUGAAACUAAGCAACAACUCCGUGACAACAGUGGACUUCGAAGGGUGUGAGCUGACACGACUUCGUGACCUUGACUUGAGUCACAAUUGUCUGACAUCUGUCCACAAUGUGGAAUGGCUUCCUUCACUCGCCACCCUUGAUCUAAGUGCCAACCAAAUCAGCCGCUUUGAUUCGCCUGCCUCCUUGAUCAGCCUACGAGCCCUGAAGCUCUCCGAAAAUCGUCUAGAUGCUUUUGAUGCACAGGCUUUCCGUUCUGUCAGCCUUUUAUACCUCGAUCAAAACCAUAUUUCCACCGUCACCGGCCUGGAGCAUUGCCACAACCUCGAAGUCCUUUCCCUUCGAGAGCAGACAUCACCAAACGAAAACGAUCCUGAUUUCGGCCUGGAGCUUGAUUUAGGACUGGUGAAAGACGUCCGCAAAGUGUUCUUGUCCUCAAACCGACUUUCUUCUCAGAGCAUCUGUCCUUCUGUCCCGCUUCUUCGACUCCAGCUUCUCGACAUUGCUGCAUGCACGUUGAAGAAACUUCCCAGUGACUUCGCCUUAAGCUUCCCCAACCUCAAAGUUUUGAAUUUGAAUUUUAACUCAAUUGAAGAUGUUGAGCCCCUGGUUGGAAUGAACUGUCUCGCCAGAUUGAUGAUAGUCGGCAACCGUCUCUCCCGAAUGAGAAGGAUAUGUCAAGUUCUCAGUCGACUUGGUCGCACUGGAAAAGGAACCGCAUGCUCCUUACGGAAACUUGAUGUUCGCGGCAAUCCCCUGACCAUUGGCUUCUAUCCUCCAGCAAUGACUGGCAGUGGCAAUGCGGACCGCAAAAGACCCAAGCCUCAAGAACAAGCAGUUGUUCGCCUUCGAGAAACCCAUCGAGACCUCUCCGAUGCCCUGGCCGAGCUUGGGAACGAUGAUCAGAUUUCUCAUCGCGCCACUAUGGGCGAUGAGGCCCAGCCCGACAGAGACGUUGAAAUCAACGACCCAUUCACAGUCCCGCUCGCCGACUCUCAAGCGGACUUCAAAUACCUGAGACAUCUCGACCAAGCCACACGACUACGUCGAAGAGUUCUGGAGCUUCUGCUCUACGCCGGAACAAGCGGCUCCCUCCAUACUCUUGAUGGAUUGGACCUCCAGCCGUCAUUGGGCGACGAGAGCUCUGAUAUGAACAAAGCAUGGGAUAGACUGGAGCAAUUGGGGGUACUCCGCAGGAAAGCGAUUAAAAAUUAA